AUGUUGCUGGCUCGGUCGCUUUGGCGACGAGGACCAGACACCCUGAUGGCAAGCUCGACGAACAGCGUCAUUCCGAAAAAUAGCGCCCUGAAGCCGCUCAAAGUUAUGCACAGGGGGUCGUACUCGUAGUAGAGCCAUACUUACACUGAGGAGGAUAGAGUAGGAAACCACGAAAAAACAUUUCAUGUUUCUCGGAACCAAAAAGUUGGACUCUGUUUUUACAUACCUGAUAUACCUUAGAUUAGUCCCUUUAACCAACAGAUAAGAUAAAGAUUCUAUCUUGCCCUAAAUCCAUCGUGCAGGCGAGAAUGUUGUGCCCAGGCGGACUCCCGUACAAGUCGUACGGUAAGGGUCAGUUCCUGAUCAAUAAGAACGCCGCUCCGGGUUUUGCCGCUUGGGGUCUCUGGUGUACGGCCUUCGGCUACGCGUUCUGGUGCUUGAAGUGGCACCAUCCUGGCAACUACCCACCGAGCUGGACAGACCACGAGCGCGGAUGGCUGUAAGUGAACACAACGACGAGUCAGUAUGCUGGCGAUAAAGGACAGGCAUAGGUUGGAGAUACUGAGCAGGUUGGCGACAUGUGUGGCGUUGAUGAAGGUGGGUUGAUGUCAUUUGGCAAGCUAGUACACGAAGAAUAUGCAAUUGUUGUUAGGAGAGACAUUCAUGAUUAUGAAAAUAGGUACUGCCGAAAACUACGCGAUCUUCUGGCGCUACUCAUACAUGUCGCUUCUCUGCUUCAGUCCGGGGGAAAGUAUCCUCCGCGAAUAAUAUAACAAACUCACUUCUUGAGAUCCUUCUUCAAGAUGUCCACAAGAAACAUGACACUACUCUUAUAUAAAUCCACAAAUCGAUCUAUUUGAAAAAACUACUUUCGUCGAGACUGCCUUCUUCAACAUGAUUACCGUAAAUGUGUGUGUCGUCUUCAACAUUCCACCCUGGUGUGAAGUUACAACCAAGAAUUUGAACACCCAGC